AUUAUUAUUUUGAAGGAAUAAAUACAAAUGAGGGACAUCAACAAAUAAAUGGUAAUAUUUUAUGCAGUAGUGCAGCAUGUAAUAAGGAAAUUCCAUUGCCAUCAGUAGCAACACAAUUGAUAAUUGUAAUUCGUAAACAUAUAAGCCGAUAUUAUAAUGGAUGGAUGAUUUGUGACGAACAAACUUGUAAAUAUCGAACAAGAAUGAUUAGAGCAAAUAGAAGUUGUAUUAAUCAUGAAUGUGAUGGAACAAUGUCAGAAGAG